CGUUUCCCUCCAUGGUUUCCCCUCUCUCCGACUAACUUAGCGUUUGGCUCAGUUCAUUAUACAGCCCUAUAUUCUCCCUCCAUAAGGGCAUCUCUGCCUUUUAGACUGAAGAUCCCAGCAAAGCCCGACAGAGGAAAACUUUAGCCUGCAUAAGGGGGAAGAUGGACAUGAAAAAAAGGAUCCAUUUGGAGCUAAGAAACAGGACACCGUCUGAUGUACGUGAACUUGUCCUCGAUAACUGUCGAUCGAUCGAAGGGAAGAUCGAGGGGCUCACAGCCGAGUUCGUCAACCUGGAGUUCCUCAGUUUGAUAAACGUUGGCUUAAUCUCAGUGUCCAACCUACCAAAACUAGCAAAACUUAAAAAGCUGGAGUUAAGCGACAACAGAAUCAGCGGUGGCCUUGAUGUCUUAGCAGAGAAACUCCCCCACCUCACACAUCUAAACCUGAGUGGGAACAAAUUGAAAGACCUCAGCACGUUGGAACCUUUGAAAAAGCUGGACAACCUGAAGAGUUUGGACCUGUUCAACUGUGAAGUAACGAACCUCAACGACUACAGAGACAGCGUCUUCAAGCUGCUGCCUCAGCUCACCUACCUGGACGGCUAUGACAUAGCAGACAGGGAAGCCUCCGAUUCAGACGGAGAGGUGGACGGGGUGGACGACGAUGAAGAUGAAGAAGGAGAGGAAGAGGAGGAUGAAGACGGAGAGGAGGACUUUGAUGAGGAGGAGGAUGACGAGGAGGAUGAAGAGGAGGUAGAAGGGGACGACGAUGAUGACGAGGUCAGCGGUGAAGACGAGGAGGAAGAUUUCGGUCAGGAUGGAGAAGUAGAAGAUGAGGAUGAUGACGAGGAUGAAGACGAAGAGGAAGCAGAGGCUGGCAAAGGCGAAAAGAGAAAGCGGGAUGCAGAGGAUGAGGACGACGACGACGAUGACGAAGAUGACGAGUAAAGGCAAAACUGAGACCGAGAACCCACCGAGUUCCCCCCUAACCCCUUUAUUUGCCCCCUCAAGCAACCCACCGCCUCUGUAAUCCACCCUCCCAAGCUCCGCGCUUUUAUGGGCGCAAGACUGUACCAGAUUUGUGGGCCGAGUGGAGCUGCACCCCCGUCACCCUCCAAUUCUUCUCCCCCCACCACCUUUUCUUCUGCCCCCUAUGGAACUGAGAGCCACCCAUGACCCCUGAGCUUCUCAGGCAGCUCCCGCCACUCAGCAUUCCACAAUUUCUGUCCAUCCCUCUUUAUAUAUUCCCCCGUUAGGACUUUGGGACUGGUAUCUAGUUUUGGGUCUGUGCUUUUAAUAAUUUGUUGGAUGAAUUAUAAUUUUUUUGUUGUUGUUUUUGGGUUUAUUAUCUCCCUUCAGUUUUUUUUUUUUUUGUUAAUUUUUUUUCUUUCCCCAAUAAAAAUUGCUAUAGCAGCUGUGCAACCUGCAAGCCAUUGUUUUUAGUGUGGCUGCCUGUUGCACAAAUCAAGGUUGUAGCUACAUUUUUACUUUCUGUAUGACAAAAAGAAAAACAAAAAAAAAAACAACUUUGUAAAUAAAAUGUUAACAUCUUUG